CGGGACCCGCCCGGGCAGAGCCUGCGAAGUGCCCUGGACUCUGCCACCCGCUGGGCCCCCGGAUCGGCGGUGGCGGGCUGGGGGGAAGUUCGGGCAGUACGGGCUGGCGGCAGGGGACCGGGAAGGCCGCUAGGCCCGGCGGGGUCGAGAUUCGGAGUUGGCGGGUCCGAGGCCCGGCUGGAGAUGCGGAAUCAGAAGCUCGGAGAGGUGAAGUGACCUCCCCGAGGCCGCACAGCUCCUAAGUGGCUGUGACUGAAUUGGAAAGCCGGAGUGCCUGGUUCCAAAUCCGUGCCAAGUUCCAGGAAACAACAGGAGAGGGGAAAGUUAACAGGCCACUGGAGUGACCAGCUGUUUGGAAGUGAAACAGUGCCGAAGGGGGAGCAGAGAGUGAGGGCCAGGCUCCGCGGGGUCAGCUGUACCUGCACCCAGUGCUGAGUUGGUUCCGUGUGGAGCUGCUGAUGGUGGAGACGGUGUCCGGGGCCAGGGGCCCAUUUACAGGGGCCCACACUGGCCCCCAGUUUUCAGCCUUAGGUGUGAACCAGACCCCCAUGGAAGACGGGAGCAUCCAGUGUCGUGAGGUGUGUGGCCUGAACGUCUCUGACCGCUGUGACUUCAUCCGGACCACCCCUGACUGCCACAGCCAAGGGGGUUACCUGAACUACCUCGAGGGCAUCUUCUGCCACUUCCCCCCUAACCUCCUCCCUCUGGCCAUCACCCUCUAUGCUUUCUGGCUACUCUACCUGUUUCUGAUUCUGGGAGUCACAGCGGCGAAGUUUUUCUGCCCUAACUUGUCAGCCAUUUCCACCGUGCUCAAGCUCUCCCACAACGUGGCAGGCGUCACCUUCCUGGCCUUCGGGAAUGGCGCGCCCGAUAUCUUCAGCGCCCUGGUGGCUUUCUCGGAUCCGCGCACAGCCGGCCUGGCCUUCGGGGCGCUGUUUGGUGCGGGUGUGCUGGUUACCACCGCGGUGGCCGGUGGCAUCACCAUCUUGCGCCCCUUCACGGCCGCCUCCAGGCCCUUUCUCAGAGACAUUGUUUUCUACAUGGUGGCCGUGUACCUGGCCUUCACCACACUCUACCUUGGCAGGGUCACACUGGCAUGGGCCCUGGCUUACCUAGGUUUGUAUGUGUUCUAUGUGGUCACCGUGGUUCUCUGCACCUGGAUCUACCGAUGGCAGCGGAAGAGAUCCCUGGUCUACUCCAUGCCAGGCACUCCAGAAAUGCUCUCAGAUUCUGAAGAGGAGCCCGUGUCUUCCAACAGCUAUGACUACAGCGAAGAGUACCGCCCGCUGCUUUUCUACCAGGAGACCACAGUUCAGAUCCUGGCCCGGGCCCUCAACCCCCUGGAUUACAGGAAGUGGAGGAGCAAGUCAGUGUGUUGGAGGGCCCUCAAGGUGGUCAAGCUGCCCGUGGAGUUCCUGAUGCUGCUCACCGUCCCCGUCGUGGACCCCGACAAGGAGGACGGGAACUGGAAACGGCCCCUCAACUGCCUGCACCUGGUCAUCAGCCCGCUGGUCUUGAUCCUGACCCUGCAGUCGGGGGCCUAUGGCGUCUAUGACAUAGGUGGCCUCGUUCCCGUCUGGGUCAUCGUGGUGAUUGCAGGGACAGCCGUGGCUGCAGUGACCUUUUUUGCCACAUCCAACAGCGAGCCCCCCAGGCUUCACUGGCUCUUUGCUUUCCUGGGCUUCCUGACCAGCGCCCUGUGGAUCAACGCAGCGGCCACGGAGGUGGUGAACAUCUUGCGGUCCCUGGGAGUGGUCUUCCGGCUGAGCAACACUGUCCUGGGGCUCACGCUGCUGGCCUGGGGGAAUAGCAUUGGAGAUGCCUUCUCAGAUUUCACACUGGCCCGCCAGGGCUACCCACGGAUGGCGUUCUCAGCCUGUUUCGGCGGCAUCAUCUUGAAUCUGCUGGUGGGAGUGGGGCUGGGCUGCCUGCUUCAGAUCUCCAGGAGCCACGUGGCGGAGGUAAAGCUGGAGCCAGAUGGACUGUUGGUGUGGGUCUUGGUGGGCGCCCUGGGCCUCAGCCUCGUCUGCUCCCUGGUCUCGGUCCCACUGCAGUGCUUCCAGCUGAACAAAGUCUACGGCUUCUGCCUGCUCCUCUUCUAUGUGAACUUCCUCGUGGUGGCCCUGCUGACGGAAUUUGGGGUGAUUCACUUGAAAAGUGCGUGAAUGACGCCACGUGUCCAGGGCCACCUGGUGGCCAGGAGGUGUCACUGCAGGCGGCGAGAUGGACGUCUGGCCUGGGUGGCUGUGAAGGGGGUGGCUGGGGGCGGCAGGGACCGCUGCCUCUGCUGGAGGUUCCUGGCUGCCACCUGUGCAGGGAGAACAGCUAGGCCUUGUUUCUGGGAAAUCGGAGACCCGGCUGUGCUGUGCACAGAGCUGCAGACAGAAGGUAGACUUCCUUGGAUUAUCCGUGGAGCCUCUCAGAGGCUGAGUGCCUUCCGGCCGGUGUCAAAACACCAACAGAGUGUUCUAGGGCCUGUAGUCAUGCCCUGCUGCCUUCCUGCUUCUUCUCCUGAGUGCUCACUCAGACUGCUGUCAACCCCAGGCUUAGGGUGUCAGGGCGACUCAGAUGGCGGGCAGAACAUGGUGGGCGUCCGGCCAUCCCGGGCUGUGUCCUAGAGCUGUCCCGUCCGACAGAAAUGAAACGUGAGACACAUGCCGAAUUUUGAAAUUUCUAGUCGCCACGUUAAUAAAAGCCAAAAGAAACAGGCCCUAUAUUAUAUGUAUUAUUCAGUGGCUCCAAAAUAGCAGCGUAUGGCACUGGCCCCAUUAUGGCCACCAUAUUGGACGGCACAGCUCCGGCCUCUACCUCUCGAACUGUCCGCUGGCUGUUGGCUGACUCCCCUGUGCCCUGAACCUCGGGUUUCCCCAGCUGUGAAACAGGCAUCAGUUGGACUGUGCCCUGUCCUCCCUCAGGGGGAGCCCAGGGCCGGGGUUCCAAUGCCCGGAAGCUCUAGGGAGGACGGAGAGAGUGCUCCCCAGUGCCUUCCUGCUGUCAGCUACAGACCUGCCUUUUCAAGGAGCAACCGUUCAGUUUGCCCAACUGCCUUCUGUCAGCAGCUGCAGAAAAGCAAUUCAACUUAUUUUUUCCCCCAGUGAAAAAAAUGAUUAAAUAUUUCACGUGUACUGAAAGCAGCA